AUGCUUAAAAUACGAGAUCCUGGUCACCCAAUUUUGGGCCCAAUAUAUAAUGCGUUAGGAGACUGCUAUAACGAACUUAACAAACAUGAUCGAGCCAUUGAAUAUUACCAGAAAGCAAUUACUGCGUACAAACAACCAAAUGCUCAAAAUCUUCGAUCUCUAGCCAUGGCAUAUGUAAGUAUGGGAUCCGCUCAUUACGAUAUAAAUGAUCAGGACAAAGUGAUUGAAUACUAUCGAAUGGCAUUAGAUUUACAGCUAAAAAAUCUCGAGCCAGAUGAUCCUGAUUUAAUUGUGACUUAUUGGUAUUUAGCCUCAUACUACGAAGAUCGAGAAGAUUAUACAGCAGCAUUGACAUAUUUAAUUCCUAAAUUAACAAUUCAAGAAAAAGUACUUUCGUCAUUCGAUCUUGAACUUGCUGAUGCGUACCACGAUGUAGGCACAAUUUAUUUCUUCAACAAGCAAUAUCAAUGCGCAGUGAAAUUAUAUGAAAAAUCGCUCAAUAUUCGACGUCAACAGAAAAGUCGGCUUGCAUCGACCUACGACGAGGCGCUUGGCGAUGCUUACAAAAGCCUUUAUGAAUUUGAUGCAGCAUUAAAUAAUUAUGAAAUGGUCAUAAAACAUCUCAUUGAGGAAGGAAAGAAAGAAAAGAGUGACGAUUAUUACGAGGUUCUAUGCACAUUGUACAAAAGUGUAGGCAUUAUGCAACAACGAUUAAACUUACUAGACGAGACUCAAAAACAUUUACAACAAUCGUUAGCUUUGUAUGACACAUAUCUAACCAAUAAUGAAGAACAUGCUGAACUACGAUGUAAUAUAUUAAAAUCUCUAGCCCAAAUUGACAAGACAGCUCAAAAAAUGACGCCCAGAAGUUCAAUAUGCUCAAUUUAUUAA